CCUGCCCUGCCGGGCUGCAGCGAGGCCGAGCUCGACCGGCAGCUCGUCCUGGCCAAGAUCCGGGCCCAGGUCCUGGAACACCUGAGCCCAGCGGCCCCGGGAGGCAGGGCCCAGAAGGAGCGGAGGGAGGUGCGUCGGCGGCAUGCCCUGGGGACCCUGCCUCUCCGGCAACGGGACCAAGAGGACACCUCCCAGCUGAUCCUCUUCCCCUCCACAGAUGUGCCAUGUGAGCCUCCGCAGCCGGCUGUGCUCCUGGAGGAUGAGGGAGUCUUCACCUACCUCUUCCAGCCGUCACCGCACACGCUGACCCGCACGGUGACCUCUGCCCAGCUCUGGUUCCACACGGGCAGUGCCGCCAUGGUCCCACCAGGCCCCUCCGCUGCCCCCAACCGCUCGACCACUGGCGCCGACGUGCUGAUCCUGUCGCCGCAGGGCCAGGUGGCCGUGGGGGCUGCAGUGGUGCCGGCACCCGAGCACUGGACCGUGUUCCAGUUCGCACCCCCGUUCCUGCGCUACGUCUCGCAGCGGCUCUUUGUGCUGCUGGUGCGCUGCCCACACUGCCCCUGCGUGGCUGACGCUGACAAGAUGCCCUUCCUCGUGGCCACCACCCGGCCCCAGGGGGCUGACCGAGCCCGGCGCUCCUCGGUGCCCUGGUCUCCCGCUGCCCUCAACCUGCUGCAGCGCCCGUCAGAGGACGUGGCCGCCCAUGCCAACUGCCACCGCGCCACCCUUAACAUCUCAUUCGAGGAGCUGGGCUGGGACAAGUGGAUUGUGCACCCCAGCUCCUUCCUCUUCCACUACUGCCACGGCAGCUGCUCCGACGCCCACGCCCUCACCCACAAGCUGGGCUUCCGCCUCUGCUGCGCCGCCCUGCCAGGCACCAUGCGGCCCCUGCGCGUGCGCACCACCUCCGAUGGCGGCUAUUCCUUCAAGUACGAGACCGUGCCCAACAUCCUGGCCCAGGACUGCGCCUGCAUCUAGUGCUGCGCAGGCCUGCCGACUCCCUGGGCCCUGCCACGUGGAGCCACGGGGCAGGCACCUCGUCACUGCCUGACGACCUCAAGCAACACCCGUACCUGGCUAGCACCAUAUCCUCCUUGCCGCACAGCUCGGCCGGCAGCUCCCUCGAUCCACUCCUUGGCUGCGGACAUGGCUCCCCGCUUCUGGCCACCUUGCCUGCCUCUUGUCCACGCGUCGGUCUGUCCCUCCAGAUACACUCGUGGCAGUGAGCUCCCACUGGCACUGGGCAGGUCGGAGCCUGACUCCGCUCCAGCCUGGAUUGGGGGAUGCCUGAGCUUGACGGGACAGGCCAGAAACACCAGUAAUGGGGCAGUGUCAGCCCCACCACUCCCAGCUCUGACACCCCCCGCCCUAGCCCCAGCAGUGCCAGCACCCCCGGCCCCCAGCCCUGUGCAGAG